AACAGUAUGAAGAAAAUUGGGCGACCGGAAGAACAGGUAGAUCCGGUGAGAAGUGCAAUGUGGCAGCUGCUUGGCAACAGGGCUUUUUUUGUGGGAUGA